GGAAAUGGUAAUUUAAAUCAACCUCUGAUCUGAAGAGUAGAAAAGACAAGUGGGUUGGAGUGAGAAAAGUGAAGGAUUGACCCGUAGAAGCCGAAUGGCAAUUCCCCGUCAUCUGCAACGACGUUUCUCUCCGAUACCGUUGAAUUUUCACCCUACUCUAUACAAACCAACUCUCUCUCUCUCUGCUUGUUUUUUUCUGCAUUCUGAUUUCUGAACGGAACUGAGUUAAUUUUCUGUGCAAUCUCCAUCUCUAGGCUCAUCUCUUUGCGCUGCCGAGCUGACCGAUGCUGUCUCCUUAGCUUCGGGUUGACUCAUCCAAUUCUUGGUUCUAUCUUUCCAAGGUAGGGCUUUUUCUCCAGCUUUGACCAUUCCUUUUUAGCUGAAGUGCUAGAGCAGGGUGAUGCUGGAGAAGGGAUAUCUCAGGUUUUAAGUAGAUAUGAUGAAGAAUAAGUUGGUGGACAUGGAUCGACGGUUAUGGAUGAUACAGAUUUCUGCUUUUUCUGUUAUGCUAUUCUUGUUGUUGCCGUUUCUUCAACCUCCGGUGGUGUCUGGUAACGGAGAAGGUGAUGCUUUGAAUGCACUGAAGAGUAAUUUAGCUGAUCCAAACAGUGUUCUACAGAGUUGGGAUCCAACCCUUGUUAAUCCCUGCACUUGGUUUCAUGUUACCUGCAACACAGACAACAGUGUUACUCGAGUUGAUCUAGGCAAUGCAAAUUUGACGGGUCACCUCGUUCCAGAGCUUGGUCAACUUCCAAAUUUGCAGUACUUGGAGCUGUACAGCAAUAAUAUAAGUGGCAUAAUUCCUACUGAACUAGGAAACUUAGCAAACUUGGUCAGCUUGGAUCUCUACAUGAACAACUUGAGUGGUACCAUCCCUGACACUUUGGGCAAGCUCCAGAAACUGCGCUUCUUGAGGCUUAACAACAACACUCUCACUGGUCGUAUUCCAAUGUCUCUAACCACAGUUAAUACCCUCCAAGUACUUGAUCUCUCGAACAACCAUCUACAAGGACCAACUCCAGUCAACGGUUCCUUUUCACUUUUCACUCCUAUCAGUUUUGCCAAUAACCAGCUGCAAAAUCCUCCAGUUUCUCCUCCUCCACCAAUUUCUCCAACACCACCUUCUUCUCGAGGGCCCAACACCUCAACGGCGUCCAUUGCUGGAGGAGUGGCUGCAGGUGCUGCCCUUCUCUUUGCUGUUCCUGCUAUUUUUCUUGCAUGGCGGAGGAAAAGGAAACCGCAAGACCAUUUCUUUGAUGUUCCUGCUGAGGAGGAUCCUGAAGUUCAUCUUGGACAGCUCAAGAAGUUCUCCUUGCGUGAAUUGCAAGUUGCCACUGAUAAUUUCAGCAAUAAGCAUAUACUCGGUAGAGGUGGGUUUGGUAAGGUUUACAAAGGGAGGUUAGCUGAUGGAUCACUAGUGGCAGUUAAAAGACUAAAAGAGGAACGCACCCAAGGUGGGGAGUUGCAGUUCCAGACAGAGGUUGAGAUGAUUAGUAUGGCUGUGCACAGAAAUCUUCUCCGUUUGCGUGGCUUUUGCAUGACCCCAACUGAGCGUUUGCUUGUCUAUCCCUAUAUGGCCAAUGGAAGUGUAGCAUCCCGUUUAAGAGAGAGAGGUGAAUCACAGCUCCCGCUUGAUUGGUCAAUCCGGAAACAUAUUGCGUUGGGAUCAGCUAGAGGCCUUGCAUAUUUGCAUGACCACUGUGAUCCUAAGAUAAUUCACCGUGACGUAAAAGCAGCUAAUAUUUUGUUGGAUGAGGAGUUUGAAGCAGUUGUUGGGGAUUUCGGACUUGCCAAACUGAUGGACUACAAGGACACUCAUGUGACCACUGCCGUGCGUGGUACAAUUGGCCAUAUAGCCCCUGAGUAUUUGUCAACCGGGAAAUCAUCAGAGAAAACUGAUGUUUUUGGUUACGGGGUUAUGCUUCUGGAGAUCAUAACUGGGCAGAGAGCCUUUGACCUUGCUCGCCUUGCUAAUGACGAUGAUGUUAUGUUACUUGAUUGGGUGAAGGGGCUGCUUAAGGAGAAGAAGUAUGAGACAUUAGUUGACGGAGAUCUCCAGGGUAAUUACAUUGAAGAGGAGGUGGAGCAACUAAUUCAAGUAGCCCUUCUAUGCACACUAAGUUCCCCGGUGGAACGACCAAAGAUGUCAGAGGUUGUGAGAAUGCUUGAAGGUGAUGGUCUUGCUGAAAGGUGGGAGGAGUGGCAGGAGGAGGAGGUGUACCGAUCGGAUGCAUCCAAUCAUUUGCAUCAUCAUCAUCAUCACCAUCACCAUCAUCCAAACACUGAUUGGAUCAUUGCUGAUUCCACUUCUAAUCUCCGGCCUGACGAGUUAUCUGGCCCAAGAUGAAAAUUAGGGCUGUAAUUGAUACUCUUGUUUUAAUCUUUGUGCAUAUGUAACUUAUUUUUCCUUUUUAUUAUUAUUUCGUGUAUUAGAAAGGAAUUUUGAUGUCAAUAUGUGGCUGAAAGUUCAUCAUGGCAGGAAUGCUUUGGAAGGCGCCAAUGUAACAUUUGUUGUUGUAACAUCUUUUUUCUCCUUUGAUAUUAAUUAAAUGUUCCAUAUUUCAUAUUCUUAAAUCUGAAUAAUAUUCAAAUGUCACUCGAUA